CUUUUUAAUCUUUCAUCAAACUAGAGUCUCUAAAAACUAAUGAACUUUAACCUCCCUUGUUUUAUUCCUACACACCCUAUUUAAUAAACAGCUUUUGUUUAUGUCCCAUUCUUUUAAUCUUAUCCUUAAAUCCACUGCUAGCUACAACUUUAACAAUUUUAAACAUAUGUGCCUUAAAUGGCAUCAGUUUAUCAGCUUCCUUAAGUUGAAUUCCAAGAGCAUAGCCAAAGAAGAAUAGAAUAACCAUAACAAAAGGAAACUGAAAAUUCUUCAAAUACAUCUCAAGCACUAGCCUUUGUAAAUGAAAAAAUUAUAGAAGAUAAACCAAUAUAGGAAAAAGUAAAAAUAUUAAGUUCUUCAAAUCCUCUAAAAAAUUAGGUGUAAUUUGAAAAAGAGUCAAAGAAUAUAUAAAAAAAUUACGCUAAAGCCAUUGCUGGCUUUGUUUAUAAAAAUAAACCAUUAGCUUCAAGAAUCUUAAAAACUUCAGAAGUUGAUGAAUUUAUAAAAUUAACAAAGUUAAUAAAAAACGAAAUCUAAAAUGUUAGUCAUAUUUCUUAAUAUACAAGCAAAUAAGAUUUUAUUAAGGCUUUUAGAAUUUUAGGGUAUAUAUAAUUUAUUUAAAUAUUAUUUAGAAAUUAUUUCUUAAAAACAAAAAGUAAUUCCUAUAUAUUCAACUCAAGAAUAUAAAAAAAGAAUAGCCAUCUUAGACAUAAAAAACUAAUCCAACAUAGUCUUCUAAGAUGUUGA